CUGCCGGGCUUCGAGGACACACAGACUCCGCCCCCGCCCCGCUACCCAAGACCCUGCCUUUCUCACCCAAGCACAGAGCCCGAGGUCCCCUCAGAUCCUCACAGCCCCCAACGACCGGCCCACAGAUGUCUCAAAGGAAACCUAUCCUCACAAUCCCAGACUCCCCCGGAUAUACGCACAGAUCUCCGCAGAUCCUACCCAGACACUCGCUCACAGAGAUCCCGCAACACACACCCCACUUUUCAGAAGUAAACCCCCUGGGCUCGCCCCCUCGAGGCCCAAUGCAAGCUCCUCAGGAGACCGCACCCACCGGGGAAGUGACUAGACCGCCGUUGCCACGGAGACUACUAGGCGUUCCAGUUGCCCUGGUGACCUGUGCCUACUCUCCUGGCCCGGGUUCCGGAGGCUUCAGUCAAGCCCCUCCCUCAUUGGCCCUGGACCCCUUGUCCCUACCCACUUCCCCAGGUCAUGCCAGAGCUCCUUUGCGAAGUUCUGCAGAUAGCCAAGUCCCCUCCCCAGAUAGCAGACUUUCAGGCAAGGCAUUUCAACACGCAGGGCCUGCAGCUGGGGCACGUCCACAACCAAGAGCUUUCCCUCCCUGAGGAUCAACACCUCCCCCUGUCAUCCUAAGGCAAGGUCUUGACCUAAGGACUUGUAACAACCAAGCCAAAACCCAGAGAUGGAAGCAGAUGAGAUCACAGAAGAGCCUCAUACCACCAUGGAUGCAGAGGAGCACCCCCUUUCAAAGGACCCCUCUGCUGAGGACUUACAGGAGAACCGUAUCUCUGAAAGCUUCUUGGAGCCUUCCACCUCUGAGACCCCCUUAGAGCCCCAUACCUCUGAAUCCCCUUUGGUGCCAUCCCCUUCCCAGAUCCCCGUAGAGGCCUAUUCCCCUGAAAUCCAUCAGGAGCCUUCCAUCUCUAAGACUCCUUCAGGGACCCCUACCUAUGAGGCUUCAUUGGAUAGUCCCAUCUCAGUGGUACCAGAGAAACACCUUACUCUUCCUCCCCAAUCACGAAACUAUGUCUCUCUGUCUUCCUCUGAUACUUUGAAGGAAGACCUCUCCUCUGAGUUUUCUUCCAAUGAGGUCCCAUGGACAAGGAGGUCUACCCAUUUCUCUGAAUCUGAGAGCCUUCCAGAACACUCUCCUUCAGGCCCUUCAGCCCAGGUCCAAAUGGACGCAUCUGAAAAGCAGGAGGAAGAAGCAGGAGAGGUUGAAAAGGGAGUAGAUGCCAGUGACAGCACUGAUCACACAGCCCAACCUGGACACCAACUAGGCAAGAAGAAGAAGAAGAAAGGAGUUAGCUGUUACACAGCCCGCCCAGUGGUCCCUGCUAAGCAGACAGAGCUGGUGGAAGUGGCUAAGGCAAUGCAUAGAGAGGAGUUUGGUGCUCAGGUGAACAAUCUUUUCCAGUGGGAGAAGGAUGCAGCCCUGAAUGCCAUCCAGACAGGUCUCUACAUUGGCUGGCGCUGCCCCCAUUACCUAUGGGACUGUUUCCGGAUUGGGGAUGAGUCCAGAUGCUUUUGUGGACACUUGUUGAGAGAGCACCGGAUCAUCUCAGACAUAUCCGUGCCCUGCAAGGUGAGCCAGUGCCGCUGCCUCAUGUUCUGCUUUAUCCCGUCACGCCCAGAGGAGGUGGGUGAGUUCUGGCUCAAGAGACGGGCCACCUUUGACCCCAAGGCCUGGAGGGCCCAAUGUCGCUGCAAACACAGCCACGAAGAACAUGCAGCCACUGGGCCCCAUCCCUGCAGGCAUCAUGGCUGUUGCUGCGGCUGUUUUGAGUCUAAUUUCCUCUGUGCGGCCUGUGACCGGCGCUGGGAGGAACACGGGACUUUCUUUGAGACCCAGAGGACCCGGCGACGAGGAGGGAGACCUCACGGAGCAGACUAUGUACCUUUUGCAGAGAUGUCUGUGCUCCGAGAAGCCAUCCUCAGCAACUCUGACUUCGAGGCCCUGCCGAUACAGGGGCCCUCUGGCCUUCCCAGCUCCCACCCUAGUUCCCCGGGACUCCCUGCCUCACACAACCUCCAGCCUGGCCUCCCUUCUGACCCCCAUACCUGACCCUUUCACCUCUGCUCUUCCCUCCUCCAGGGACAGACACUGUCAGCAACUGGCACAGGCCUUUGUGAGUCUGGCCCAGAUCAGCAAUAAAAGAGGAGUCACUGGAACCUGACUUGGCUCCAUAUGGGGCAGGUAGAUCCCAGCCCAGGGAGAGACUGCCUAAUAACUUAGAGUUGACACCUAUUAGGCACAGGAGAAAGCCUGGAUCUGGCCAUCUGCCUCCAUCACACCCACAUUUAAGCUGCCUGCUUGAAGGAAAGUGGCUUCAAGGAAGCCAAAAGGGAGGAAGUUUCAAGAAGGAUAGAGUGGGAAGUGAUGUUAGAUGCAGUUGGGGCACCAAUAAGAUAAAGACUGAAAAGUAUCCAUUGGGUUUUGCAGUUAGAAGAUCUCUGGGAGCUUCAGAGAGUGCAGUUUCACACUGGUGCAGUGGAGGCAGGAGUCAAACAGCAGUGAGUUUCAAGGAGUCUCUUAAAGAAGCUUAAGUCAGACAAUAUCCAGAGGGAGUUGUGGAGUCAAGGAAGCACUUUCAUAGACAGGAAAAGGGAAAGAGGCCAGUAGACUAAAGGACCUUGAAGGACCCAGAAGAGAGAGAAGAGAUGCCUGGUGAGACAAGAUCCCAGAGAUGGAGGAAAGGGAUGAGGUCAAAGCAGAGGUAAAGGGAUUUGCUCUGGACAGGAGAAACACUACUUCCUAUGACCAAGAGGAAGGAAGAGGAUGGAGCCUUCCCAGAGUUUCAGGGAACAAGAACCUGUGGAAGUUCCCCUCUGAUGGCUUCUAUAUGCCCUGUGAAGUAGGAGAUAAGGCCAAUGGCUGGGGGUCCAGGGGGAGAGGGAUAAGAGUAGGGAGUAGGAGACAAGAGAAGAAAGGGGAAGGUUUGGGAAGGCUAAUGUAGGGAACUGGAGAAAAACCUGAUCAGUGGGUAGUUUAGGAUUUGGGCACAGUUGGAAGUGAGAACCUAGUUAGAGGAGCAGAGAAGCCAAAUAUUUAAUGGGUUGAUGAUGUGAGGAUAUCAGGGAGGAUGAUCAGGAAAACUAAGCAAAAGAAGGCGUGAGGAUGUGAAGGGAGCAUACGGUACCAACAGGGAAAGAAAGUGAUGCCAGGAGGCAAAUGUCAGAUUGAAAAAGGGAGCAGUCAAAGGAAGAGAAGUCUCUAAUGAGGUACAGUAGCAGAUAUAGGGGCAGGGGUUGAAGUACAGGAGACAGUGUUCAGAGGCUGCAGAGCAUAACAUCUUUCAGACGAGGGCAACUGUAGGUGAUAAGUGCUUGGAGUAGAGAAGACUGUGGGCCAGGGAUCAAAAUCAGUGAAUGUGGGAAGUGACUAGGAAGUCCAUAGAUUCUUAUGGGAGUAGGAGAUUCUAACACUAAUAGGCUCUGUGACCCCACGCAAGUCACUGUCCCUCUUUAGGCUGAGUUUCUGAACCUGUAAAAUAGGAAUAACCUCUGUGUUGCCUGCUUUCUAUGAGAACCAAAGAAAUAACUAAUUUCAAAGUGCUUUGUAUCCACCUAUCCUCCAGACUGGCUUCCUUCCUCUUCCUAGAUCCCAGAUCCACUUAUCUCUUGCCCUUCUCCAGGACAAUUCUAGGGUCUCCCAGUGUCCCAGAGGCACCACAGAGAACUGCAACCUCUGGGGCCCAGAAAAGAGGCCAUUCUACAUUUCCUCACAAUUAGGGGGGCCAUCUGUUCCUCCAAAGGAAGGAAUGUAAUCUGGACUGCUAGGAUCCCUGGGGAAAAUCACAGAAUCAAAUGUCUGCCCUUUGGAGGAGAAAGGACUUUCUAACAAUAAUACAGCUAUA